ACCGCCUCUUCCGCCUACUCGGCAAGGCGGGCGGAAGUGAGCGGGCGCUCCGGAAGUGGAGGGGCGUUUCCUACGAGCUCGGCUUCCUCAACAUGGCAGCGCCCUUGUCAGUGGAGGUGGAGUUCGGGGGCGGCGCAGAGCUCCUGUUUGACGGCGUCAAGAAGCAUCAGGUGACCUUGCCUGGACAGGAGGAGCCCUGGGACAUCCGGAACCUCCUUGUCUGGAUCAAGAAGAAUUUGCUAAAAGAGCGGCCAGAGUUGUUCAUCCAGGGAGACAGCGUGACGGCGCUGUCCCUGGGAGCUUGCUGUGAUGACACAGAUGUUCUUCAUCCGUGCUGUCUGCCAGCUACAUGAGGCUGUUGAGCCUUUGGAUUGUGGCUAGUGUGGCCAAGGAACUAAAUAACCCGUUUUCCCCACUACCACCAGCCCCUUUGGGUUUUUCCUCUCUGGGAAGCCCCCGCUCCGUGCCGCUCUGGCUGGAGGUUUUUGACUUUAAUAAACCUUGCUUUUUAAAUAUAAAAAUAAGAAUAAUAUAACAAUCCAUUUUAUUCCACUCUAAUUUAAAUAGCCACAUGUAAUUAGUAGGUCCUGUGUGGGACAGCACAGGUCUAAGAUUUCAGGUCACAUGUGCAGACAUGUACAUGUGUGUGGGUACACAUAUAAAUGCUGAGAACACCCUAGAGAGGCCCAAGCCUGUGCCUGUCCCAGGCUCAACCCGUCUCCUAGCAAAGGACCAGUUCCAUGUUCCAAGAAGUCACUUUUUUUUUUAAGAUUUUUUAUUUAUAUAUAUAUGUAUGUGUGUGUGUGUGUGUGUGUGUAUAUGAAGAUUUUAUUUAUUUAUUUGAGAGGUAGAAUUACAGACAGAGAGUGAGAGACAGAGAGAAAAGUCUUCCUUCCGCUGGUUCACUCCCCAAAUGGCUGCAAUGUCUCGAGCCAGGCCGAUCCAGAGCCAGGAGCCAGGAGCUUCUUCCAGGUCUCCCACGCGGGUGCAGGGGCCCAAAUACAUGGGCCAUCUUCUACUGCUUUCCCAGGUCAUAGCAGAGAGCUGGAUCGGAAGUGGAGCAGCUGGGACUCGAAACAGUGCACAUAUGGGAUGCUGGCACCACAGGCAAAGGAUUAACCCACUGUGCCACAGCGCCAGCCCCAAGAUUUAUUUAUUUUUAUGUGAGAAACAGAGUUAUAGACAGAGGGAGGGAAAGACAGAGAGAAAAGUCUUCCAUUUGCUGGCUCACUCCCCAAAUGUCCACAAUGGCCAGAGCUGGGCCAGUCCAAAGCCAGGAACCAGGAGCUUCUUCCAGGUCUUCCGCAUGGGUGCUAGAGCCCAAGCACUUGGGCCAUCUUCCACUGCUUUCCUAGGCCAUUAGCAGGGAGCUAGAUUGGAAGUGCAGCAUCUGGGACCCGAACCCACACCCAUAUGGGAUGCUGGUGGCGCAGGUGGAGGCUUAACCUGCUACACCACAGAGCCGGCCCCAGUCACUUUACUUUAAUCCAGGCCAACCUCCCAUGCCAAAGACAUGGGCAGCACCAUGUGAGGCUUGUUUAAGUGCCUCGAAGCACAAGUCACCACCACCCCUGGUCCAGGUCAUUCAGCAGCAGUUGUGGAGGGCGUCCCCAAGGGCAGCGGUGUUUCCGGGGUCACCACCAGGAGGCGGCAGUUGGAGCUGUCCAGAUGUUGGCGUUCCUUGCCUGGUCGGGUGGGACUGCUGUUAGGAUUCCCGUGCACAGUCCUACUGGCAACCUCCCCUGACCCUAGAAAGCCGAGACAGCCUCCUGUCCAGGACGGGCGUGUGGGAGGCCUGGAAGCCCAAGUGUGCUUCCUUCCAGGGCACAGGAGAGGAGGAUUAGACCUGGAAAAGUACUGCUGGAUCCGUGACAGCGUGACAGGCCCAUCCUUCAUCCAUCUCCUGUCAGUUCUUCCUGUGGCAGACCUGGGGGCCAGCCGCUGUAACUUAACCUUGUUCUCAGCUGGGGAGAUGGAUGUUCAGUGGAACAAAAUGACUUGCCUGAGGUUGGGGGGGGGGUGCUGGCAUUUGCACCCACUUCCUGCAAGACCUUUUUGUUUAAUUAUCUUGAAAGGCAGAGAGUCAGAGAUCUCCUCUCCGCUGGUUCACUCCCAAGGGUGCACAACAGUUGAGACUGGGCUAGGCCAAAGCCAGGAGUCAGGAGCUCCAUCCUGCUCACCUGUGUGGUCAUCGGCUGCCUCCCAGGGUGGGCACUGGGAGUUGAACCCACACACUCUAAAUGGGAUGGGGGGGUCUCCCAAGCAGUGUCAACCAUUGUGCUAAAUGCUGACCCCUCCUGAGUGAUGCUCACCAGAGUGGGUGGGGGGGAGCUGCUACCACACCCUGCUGCCUCCCCCCCGCUACUCACUGCCGUCU